AGUGUAGCAGCCAACACUCAGCUGAUGGGAGGGGUGUUGCUUGCAGACAGGAGACAGGAUCCAUGGCAACAAUCAUGGCAGAAGCCGAGACCCGUCAGAGGCUGCUGCGCACCGUCAAGAAGGAGGUGAAGCAGAUUAUGGAGGAAGCAGUCACCAGGAAAUUUGUUCAUGAAGACAGCAGCCAUAUUGUGUCCUUUUGUGCUGCCGUGGAGGCAUGUGUUCUGCAUGGGCUGAAACGGCGAGCAGCAGGUUUUCUGCGUAGCAACAAGAUAGCGGCGCUCUUUAUGAAGGUGGGGAAGAACUUUGCCCCAGCUGAAGAGCUGUGCAGGAAGGCCCAGGAGCUGGAGCAGAUCAUCGAGACAAAACGAAGUCAAAGCUUACAAAGUCAAGACAGCUUGCGCAAAAUGCCUCGACUGCCCAGCCUCACCCCACAAACCGUCAAGAACCUGUGGAUCCGCACGGCUCUAUUUGAGAAGGUGCUGGACAAGAUCGUCCUUUACCUGGUGGAGAACAGCAGUAAAUAUUACGAGAAAGAGGCUUUUCUAAUGGACCCUGUAGACGGACCCAUCCUCGCCUCUUUGUUGGUCGGCCCUUGUGCUUUGGAGUACACAAAGAUGAAGACAGCCGACCACUUCUGGACGGAUCCGUCUGCUGACGAGUUGGUGCAGAGACAUCGCAUCCACGGUGGCCACUGCAGGCAGGAUUCACCCACCAAGAGGCCCGCACUGUGUAUCCAGAAGCGGCACUCCAGCAGCAGCAUGGAUGAACGCCCUUCUCCCUCUCCAUCGGCUCGUGAAUAUGUGGAGUCACUGCAUCAAAACAGCAGGGCGACACUGCUGUUUGGCAAAAACAAUGUGCUUGUUCAACCGAGGGAUGACAUGGAGGCUAUCCCGGGUUACCUCUCUCUGCACCAGACCGCUGACAUCAUGACACUGAAGUGGACACCCAACCAGCUCAUGAACGGCUCUGUUGGAGAUCUGGACUAUGAGCGCAGUGUAUACUGGGACUAUGCCAUGACAAUCCCUCUAGAGGAGAUAGUUUACUUGCACUGUCACCAACAAGUCGACAGUGGGGGCACGGUGGUGCUGGUCAGUCAGGACGGGAUCCAGAGGCCUCCACUUCGCUUCCCCAGAGGAGGCCACUUGCUCCAGUUCCUCUCCUGUCUGGAAAACGGUCUACUUCCACACGGCCAGCUGGACCCUCCACUCUGGUCUCAGAGGGGAAAGGGGAAGGUGUUUCCAAAGCUGCGGAAAAGGGUUCCUCAGGGAUCUGGAUCUUCAGACUCGGUCUCAGAUAAGGAGGAGGACGAGGCCACAGACUACGUCUUCCGCAUCCUCUUUCCAAACAGCCAGUCAGAGUUUGUGACUCCACCAGACUUGAUGGAUCAGGGAGCUACUAUGUGGCACCCGACUCUCAGGAAGUCCUCGUGUUCCUCCUGUUCUCAGGGGAGCUUCUCUGAUGGGUUGAUGCCCAAAGGGUGCAACCACGAGAGGACUCCUCUGAAGCUGCUGUGUGACAACAUGAAGUAUCAAAUCAUCUCUCGGGCAUUUUAUGGCUGGUUGGCAUACUGCCGUCACCUGUCUACUGUGCGCACACAUCUCUCUGCUCUCGUCAAUCACGCCAUCGUGGCUCCGGACGUGCCGUGUGAUGCCUACAAAGGGCUCACCGCAGAUGUGUGGCAGACGUUCCUCCAGGACAGCACAGCCUACCAGGAGCAGGAGCUGCUUCGUUUGGUCUAUUUUGGCGGUGUGGAACCUUCACUGCGUAAGCAGGUGUGGCCUUUCCUCCUGGGUCAUUACCAGUUUGGAAUGUCUGAAGACGAGAGGAAAGAGGUGGAUGAACAGGUCCAAGUGUGCUACCAGCAGACCAUGCGUGAAUGGCUGGGCUGUGAGGAGAUUGUUCGCCAGCGGGAGAAGGAGCAGCAUGCUGCAGCGUUAGCAAAGUGUUCCUCUGGGGCGAGCAUGGACAGUCCCGGUCAGAAGAUGGUCCAUCAUGACUCCAUUGUCAGCAAUGAGUCCCAGUCCUCCCAGAGCUCAGACAGGCAGAGUCUGGUUCGCCUGCAGAGUGACUCCAGCAGCAGCACACAGGUGUUUGAGUCCGUAGAGGAGGUGGACCAGAUCGAGACCGAGCCCAAGAAUGAAGAGGCCAAGCAGGUGCCAAAGAUGCCCAACGGAGCGCUCCAGAACGGGACAAGCUCCCCUGACUCCGGACAUCCCUCCUCCCGCAACUUCUCCGUCACCUCUGGCCUGUCAGAUGGCUCGCUCAGCACAGAGGACAGUGCUGCGCCUGAUGCAACCUCGAGACCUGCAGUUGUCCCUCAAGUGCCGCAGAGCCCAGUCAAACCUCCUCAGGAAGCAGGGGUAGAGAGUGGAGGUCUGACAGAAGAACCAGACAUGCAGGUCAAAGGUGAAGUGAAGGGCAAAGAGGAGGAGGAGGAGGAGAAAGUACCUGAUGUGAGCAAAACUGCAGAAGACACCAAGACUGAGGUGUUGGAUGAUAACAUGAUCCAACCAUCGGAAGAGGCCAACAAAGAGACGAGUCUGCAACCCAAAACACAAGAAAAUGUUGAGGCUGAUCCUGAGAAUAUUAAAACAGGGGUGACCAAGUGUGAAGAUGAAGGUCCUGUUGCACCAGGAGACAUUGAAGGAAAAGAAGUGUCUGAUGAGGAUAAUAUGGUGGUAUCUGCAGUGUCUGCAGAAUCCAAAGGAGAACUUGUUGAGCAAAGUCUUAAAAAAGAGGAAGAUGUGAGUGUUGAGGAAACAUCAAAGCUCGAGAAAACUGCAGAAACAAAUGUGGAAAAGGAAGAAAGUGAAGGAGAAGUUAAGAGAAACCAGACAGAAAGGUUGAAAUUUGAGGACACAGAAAAAUCAAAGACAGAGGUGGCAGCAGGAGCUGAAGAGAAGGAUCCUAGAGCUCCCCAAGUGGAGAAGAGCCUCCUUUUCUCAGCAGACAUCAGGGCAAGAGAAGCGUACUGCGCCUCUCAGAAAGAUGAGGCUCCAGUCAUUACUGAAUCCGAUGAGUCUCCGUCAGCCAUAGAGAUGGAGGAGAUCCCCAAAGCCAAAUUUUCCAUGGUGCCUUGGAGCAGGAAGGGGCGGUGUGAUCCAUCAUCUUCCUCAGAGGACUCGGCCCCUCACUUGGAGCUCAGGCCGGAGGAGGAGCAGGGAAAGCCCAGUCCAGAGGGCACCGAGUCCAUCCUGUCUGAGGAGCCGGAGAUGGAGAGCCUCUACCCACACUUUGACUCUCUGGCCGGACCUGAAGAAAUCAAGAAUGAAGAGACCUCUCAAGAAUCUGCUGGGAGUGCCUUCUCUCAAGAGCUUUUGGACUUGUAUACAUUAAAUCUGCACCGCAUUGAAAAGGACGUCCAGCGCUGUGACAGGAACUACUGGUACUUCACUCCUGCAAAUCUGGAGAAACUGCGCAACAUUAUGUGCAGCUACAUCUGGAGGCACCUCGACAUCGGCUAUGUACAGGGAAUGUGCGAUCUGCUGGCUCCACUUCUAGUCAUUCUGGAUGAUGAGGCCAUGGCCUUCAGCUGUUUCUCUGAGCUCAUGAAGAGAAUGAAUCAAAACUUUCCACACGGAGGAGCUAUGGAUACUCACUUUGCCAACAUGCGCUCUCUAAUCCAGAUCCUGGACUCUGAGCUGUUUGAGCUAAUGCACCAGAACGGAGACUACACCCACUUCUACUUUUGCUACCGCUGGUUUCUCCUAGACUUCAAGCGAGAGCUGGUGUACGAUGACGUGUUUGCAGUCUGGGAAACCAUCUGGGCGGCAAAGUUUGCCUCCUCUAGUCACUUUGUCCUCUUCAUUGCCCUGGCGCUGGUGGAGAUCUACAGGGAUAUCAUCUUGGAGAACAACAUGGACUUUACUGAUAUUAUUAAAUUCUUCAAUGAAAUGGCUGAGCAUCACAACAUAAAGCAGAUUCUGAGCCUGGCGAGAGAUCUGGUGUGCAAGGUGCAGAUGCUUAUAGAGAACAAGUGAUUGUGGUGUUUUUGUCUUCUUUUCCUUCCAAGUAAAGUGUAAACGGCUGUAGCAGCACAAGAGUAAAAAAACAUCUACACACACACACACACACACUAUACACAAAGCCUUUACAAUCACUGUUUGCUGCUAUGAGCCUUACUAACUGUAUCCACUAUGUUGUUUGUGUUGUCAAACAGGUGUAUGAGAAUAUUACGCUUCAUAUUUGUCAGUAUGUUCAAGUGAAAGCAAACGUAACAGGAGAAAUAUUUCUUUGAUUUCUAAAUGUUUUUGUCAUAAAUCCCUCAAGUGUCAAACUUAAUCAGAGUGCUCUUAAUAUUUUGAGAUAAGGAUGGUUGUAGAUGCACAUUUCAAACCAAAAUGCAGAGCUGAAUUCAACCAGAGACUAUAUUUAUGAGAAAAAUAUGUUGUGAUAAUAGUUUUUAGUACUUAUUUUAAUAGUUGAAGUCUACAAGAUGAAAUAAAAUGUUGAUCAUAGAAGCAGGUUAUCUCCCUAUUCCUCUCCCCUGAUGAAGGAAUGAAUGUCAGCAGACUUUUGUGUUUUUACCCCAAAAUUUUCACUGAUAACUGAUCCCGAAAAGUGGCUUUUAGUCCAAAACCAACCUCCAAUCACAUUUAACUGAUAGAACCAUUUCAGUGAUUUAAUAUCCGACAGUGUUUUCAAUGUCCUUGAACUGCCUUGUCUGCCAAAUAGUAUGUCUUUAUUUGUCAUGUGUGAACCGUAUUGUACCGAGAGAAAAUUGUGUUCAAAUUAUGAGAAUUAUAUUAAGUUAUUAAGUUGUAGAAUCAUAACCUGAUAUUUAAGUGACUUAUGGAUAUCUGAGCAAAGAUUUACACAAAGCAACAAGAUUUGAAAGUCCUCCGAGUUCUAUUUUUCAUCAUCCAGUGAAACGCUGUAUAUUUUGUAAACUGUGCAGUUUACUCACCUUGAUUUUUUUGUAUUGUCUUGUUAUUAUUGUCCGCUAGCAUUUCCUAGACAUCUGUUCUUUGAAUCAAAUGUUAAUUUCAGCUUGAAUAUGAUUAUAAAUUGGGAAGAACAGACGAGACGGUAAUGAUAUUUUAGUUACAAGUGACCAAAUUUGUAGUAUGAGUGCCCUCAACACAGAGGAGAAAACGAAAGGUAAAUUCUCUGCUUGUUAUUGAUUUUCAAAGUUGAUUGUAAACGACCUGAUGUGAGGAAAACUGUUUUUAUUGUUUUGAAGAUUUGGAGCUUCUGAGGUCAUAUAAUAUAUAUGCUUUUAGCCCCUUAAAUUAAUACUAAUGUUGGUCCCAGUUACCCACAUUCACGCUUUUCAUUGCCUAAAACUGAACUCAGCUGUUCUUCAAGUGUUGUUUCAUGAAUGUGGUGAGAUGAAAUGCAUUUAAUAUCAGUGUUUCUUUGUGAAUGCUAACUGCUGUCAGAAAACCUUAAUUUAUUGUAACAUUUAUUUGCCAAAAAAUAUUUAUUUAUUUAUUGAUUUUCUCAUUCAGA